GAAAGAGGAGAGGGAAGGGUUUGGUCAUGUUUCAUUUUCCAUUAAAUAGAAGCAAAUCAUACUCCAAAAAUCUUCACUCUGCUGCAAACUUUUAUUCCUCUUUUCUCCCAAGAAAUCUCUAAACAAUUCACUAAAAUUUCCCCUUCAUCUUUAAAGUUUUAAGAGAUCAUUUUUCCUUUUUCCUUAAAAAACAACACAAAACACAAACUCACCAAAACUGUUUCUGUAGCUAGUCUCUCUGUUUUCUUUCCUUCUUUCUAGGUUGUCCUCAUUAUCUAGCUUUUUCAGAAAAUUCUAGGACAAGAAUGUGGUGGUGGUCAUCAUCAUCGACGAAAGUACGAUCAAAUCUAGAGAGGUUUCUUAGAGGAAUCACUCCAAAGCCUCCUUCUUCUUCUAUGUCAAAGAGCUGCGAGAAUGACUUGAACAGUUUAUGGACUCAACAUAGCAAAGAUGAGACUGAAUAUUUCAGGCUCAGUGAACUUUGGGACUGUUUUGAUGAGCUAAGCGCGUAUGGACUUGGAUCAAAGGUUGAGUUAAACAAUGGUGAAUCCGUUACGCAGUACUAUGUUCCAUAUCUAUCAGCCAUUCAACUCUAUACUAGCAAAUCUCCAGCCUUUUCCAGGAACCAGAGUGAUGUGGUUGAUUUUGAGAGUGAAUGCUGGAGUGAUGAUAGUGAGAUCGAGAAGUUAUCAAGGUCAACGAGUAGUGGUUCUAGCAAGAUAUGGGAUUCUGUUUCGGAUGACUCGGCUUGUGACACUCCUUCAAUGCGAGAUAAGCUCGGUUCCAUUGAGUUUCAGUACUUUGAGUCAGCUAAACCGCACUUGCGAGUUCCUCUUACCACCAAGGUUACUGAAUUGGCUGAGAAGUAUCCGAGACUUUUGACGCUAAGGAGUGUUGAUUUGUCUCCAGCGAGCUGGAUGGCCAUUGCUUGGUAUCCGAUAUACCAUAUUCCAUAUGGGAAGACAGAUAAAGACUUAUCAACGUGUUUCUUGAGUUAUCAUACGUUAUCUUCGGCCUUGCAAGGUACUUUGGUAGAGGGAGAGGAUGAGAACAACAAAACCAUGGAAGAAGAAACAUUGUGGUGUGAUGAUGAGCCAGUGGUGACCAAGAGAUUCCCUUUGGCUCCUUUUGGUUUAGUUACGUACAAAAUGCAAGGAGGUUUGUGGGGGAAACGAGAAUCUGGUGAUCAAGAGCGGUUAGUUUAUCUUGGAAGAGCAGCGGAGUCAUGGCUGAAACAGCUAAAUGUUCAUGAUCACCAUGACUACAGCUUUUUCUCUGUGAACAAGAGCUUGUAGAGGUCCAAGUGACAGAACUCUAGUUUUUAGUUGUUUUCUUAGGUACAUAAUGUAGAGGUUUCUCGUCCUUGUGUUGUAGCAUGGUAAAAAAAGAACAUGGGUUUUGUUUUUGAGUUUACAAAUGAUGAGAUAAACAAUGGUCUUUUUAUU